UAAUGGGUGAUGAGGGCUUGCUGCUGGAAAUAUUUAACAAAUUUGUUAAUGAACUAAAAGAGAAGGAGCGCAAGCGUCAAGAGGAUAAGUCUCCAUACAUAGAGAUGAUGAAGAACAACUUCUUCUUUUUUCGAUCAUCAACUAAUGAUGCAAACAAGACCCCUUCACCACCAUUAAAGUCCAUGGAAGUUUCUUCUUGGAAGAGUGUUUCAUUGUCAUCUGGAUCCUUCUAUGACAGUGGGUCAGAAAAAAAGAAUUUCACGGAUCUGAGAAAAUCUCCCCAUGGUCACAGUAAGAAAGUUCAUCCUAAUAAAUAUGGUCUGUUGAUUCGGACUAUUAGAAGAUUGACAAAGGAUAAGGUACAAAUGGCUUCUGAAGUUUCAAGCAUACUACGGAAUCAAGUUACUGAAAGGGCUUCUGGUAAGGAAGAAGCCAGCAUAUUACAGGCAGAACUAGAUUCACGGACAUGA